AGAAAUUUGGAAAACUUUCCCAUCACAAAUUGAUACAUCUAAUUCUUCACGAUUUUUUACAUUAGAAACUGCUGAUUCUCAUUUAGAAAUUAUGAUAAAUCUCGAUUGGUUCCAACCAUUCGAUUCAUCAGUAUAUAGUUGUGGCAUCAUAUAUGGUGUUAUAUGUAACCUUUCACGUGAAGUUCAAUUUAAAAAGGAAAAUAUAUUGAUACUUGGACUACUACCAGAUCCCAAAGAGGCAUUAACUGGCUACCAUCAAUGCUGCAAAUGUGCAAAUACAGGAGGUAGAAAACCAAAUUUUGGUGGGUUAGAAGAUAUGGAUAAUUGGUUUCAAGAAUGA